UCCUCCUCUUCCUUUGCAGUGCACAAGCUCAUCACCUACUCCUUCCACCACAGGACAGUGACCCAGCUACUUCUCAGCAUUGGGGUUCUUGUGCCUCUCUGUGGUGGCAUUGAGAAGAGUUUGGGGACAGUUCGGUUCCUCCUCAUUUUUCUGUUGCUUUCUAUCAGCACGGGGGUGUUGUACACCACGCUGGGGCUUCUACUGUUUGGCACAUCGGCCCAGAACCUGGUGGAGGGGUUAGUUCCUGUAUCCCUCUCUGUUAUGAGUAUGGCCACAGUACACUCUCGUAUGGUUAAGGGCUUUCUUUUUGGGGUCAGUGUUCCCAUGUUAGCCCUUCCCUGGCUGUUUCUGCUCAUCGUAACCAUUUUGGUUCCAAACACUGUCUUCCUCUGCAAUGUCGUCGCCAUCAUCGCAGGGGGGGUUUACGGAAAGGGCUGUCUCUCACGGCUAGACCUAUCUGACACCAUUGGAACAAUCCUGGACAGGAAGUUGCCUUUCAGACUGCUGAAGAACAUUGGUUUCCUGUAUGUCCCUGCAUCCACUGUGGAGAGAAGGAGAACGGUCCAUCCACCAAUCAUUCCAACCCCAGGCUCCUAUCCGGUCCAAGCCUACGCCCCAGUGUCCUCUACCACCAGCUUACAAGCUACUGAGCACACACCAAAGACCUAUGAAGGCUGGGCACACUCCUACUACACACAGCGGAGCCCUGUUCAUCUCUCAGAUAUUUAUGGACACAACCACGGAUAUGGCUUUAAGCAGAGUUUUUGGCCCAUUCAGGGACAUAGUAACGAACAUGGACACGGCUGCAGCCACAGUCAGGGACAUAGUAACGAACAUGGACACGGCUGCAGCCACAGUCAGGGACAUAGUAACGAACAUGGACACGGCUGCAGCCACAGUCAGGGACAUAGUAACGAACAUGGACACGGCUGCAGCCACAGUCAGGGACAUAGUAACGAACAUGGACACGGCUGCAGCCACAGUCAGGGACAUAGUAACGAACAUGGACACGGCUGCAGCCACAGUCAGGGACAUAGUAACGAACAUGGACACGGCUGCAGCCACAGUCAGGGACAUUGUCAUGAACACAGUGUCAACCAUGGACACAGUAAUAGCCAAACAUCUGCUUCAGAAACCAGCAGAUACUGUGCUCCAACAUUUACAGACACUGGGCUCCAACCUUCUCAACAUAUCCACAUUGGUCCAAUGUCUUUCAAUGCACUAUAAAGUUUCACAGUAACCUUG